AUGUCACAAGCAGUUGGCAACACUGCUCUUGCCUAUGCACGUGUCUGGCACCAUGUCAGCGCGAAGGAGCGUGGGCUAGGCAAGCUCGCGGAGCGCAUCGCGCACGUUCUCAUGGGCAAGCAUAAACCUAUCUACGAUGCUGGUGCUGACUGCGGCGACUAUGUGGUCGUGACGAACGCUCGGCAUAUCCAGGUCUCUGGGCAGAAAAGCGAGCAGAUUGUGUACAGGAGACACACCAUGUACCCGGGUGGUUUGAAGGAGACUCCGUAUGAGGUUAUGCUUGAUAAGAAGCCGGAGGAGAUUAUCCGCAAAGCUGUCUCUGGCAUGUUGCCGAAGAACCGUCUGCGAGCACGGCGGCUAGAACGUUUACGGAUAUUCCCGGACGAGAAUACGGGUGCAUUGGGACAGAAUAUCUUGAAGCGCUGGGAGGAUGGUACAUUGACGUCCGCAAAACCGCAGCCACGGCCGAGCACUCAUUGA